AUGAGGCCAGCCGUUGCAGACUAUGUCAGUGAUGUAGACAUUGAUAAUGAAGACAUUGUGUUUGAGUAUGAGCCUGAAGAGCUGCAUAUCCCUGUCUCAUCAGAGGAUGAAAGGAACAAACCAAACUGGCCUGAGUUUGAUGAACACUAUGGCUUUGGAGAAGGCAGAUUUGAGCUAGGCACAAGAUUUGCUACAAUAAAGAGGUUCAAGGAAGUUGUGAAGGAUUCGUUUAUUGCUAAGGGGAGGGAGUUGGUCUGGAUUAAAAAUGAUAAGGAAAGGGUUAGAGUUGGCUGCAAGAAUGAGAAUUGUCCCUGGAUUGCUCAUUUAUCAUACAAUAAACAGCUGCAGUGUUUCCAAGUGAAAACUUAUAGGAGUGAACAUACAUGUGCAAGAGAACUGGGAAGUAACGCGGCUGACCAACACUGGAUCAGCAAAAAAGUGGAGAAAAGGAUGACCACCCAUCCCCAUAUGAACACACAUGAGGCCAUUGAUUUUUUAAAAGAAGAGUUUGAUCUAGUACUACAUCCUAAAAUGGUUUACAGAGCUGUGAGGGAAGCCAAAGACAGAAUCAUGGGAAAUAAGGUAGAACAGUAUGGAAAGCUUAGAGACUAUCUAAUGGAGAUAUAUAGAAGCAAUCCAAGAUCUACUGCGUUGUUGGACAUUAUUCCCCAGCCACAAGCACCCCCCAACAUUCGACAAAAUGAUGCUAAUAACCAGUUUUAUGUCAUUGCAUUUGCUGUGGCAAGGUCUGAGUCGAAGGAGUCAUGA